AUGGGAUUUCUUGUUGGAAUAAUUAAACGAUUAUUAAAAUUAAUAUUAUUUUUUGCUAUCUUCGUUGCGAUUAUCCUCCUUAUUCCGAAUUUACCACCAUAUACGAAGUUUACGAAUAUUGAGAUCGAGCCAACUCAACAAUGGAUUGGACCUUUAGCCCCCAACACAGAUUUAAAUAAUGCUCAACGCUUGUAUGAAGAUAAAUUACUAGGACCUGAAGCAUUUCAAAUAUGGAACGGUGAAGUAUAUACUGGACUUGCGACCGGCGAAAUAGUAAAAGUAUCGCCAGGUGGACAUGUGACUUUUGUUACGAAAAUUGGACAGCCUUGCACUGGCUUAGUUCAGGAGCACAUAUGUGGGCGACCUCUGGGAUUUGUUAUUGAUGAAAAGAAUAAAUUACUGUAUGUAGCUGAUGCCUAUUAUGGAAUUUGGAAAGUUAAUUUAGUAACAGACAAGAAGCAAUUACUAGUGUCACCUAAAGUCCCUAUAGAUGAUCCAAGUGGAAGAUUAUUCUAUUACAAUGCAGCCAAAAAUGAAAGUAAAGUGCUUCUUGAUGACUUAUGGUUUGCUAAUGGCCUGGUGGUAUCUCCUGAUAACCAAUUUGUAAUAGUGUCUGAGACAAGUAGGUACAGAGUUGUCAAAUAUUAUAUUAAUGGAUCUAAGAAGGGAACUUCAGAAGUAUUUGUAGCAGGAUUACCAGGCUUACCAGAUAAUAUACGCUCUCUACCUGACGGUUCUGGAGUGCUAGUAUAUCUGUACAACGUGUUUGACGAUGACCACCCUCUGCUAACAAAAACCAUGGCCGCCACGCCUUUAGUAAGAAAGUUUUUGGCUCGAUUAGCACGCCUCAUUGAGAUUCCAUUUGAACUUCUCAAUACUCAGGUUCCACAUUAUAUUUUUGAAGAAAUAGUGCACUAUAUUGGCAGUUUCGGCAGCCUUACAAAGUUAAGCUCAGGCAUGUCGGGGUUAGUUCAACUCGAUUGGAAUGGAAACAUUAUUGCUGCUUAUUAUAAUACAGAUGGUAGUAUAAGUCAUUUAAGUGAUGCUAUAGUGUUUAAUGACAAGUUAUUCACUGGCUGUCCGCACAUACAAAAUUUUAUUGGUGCUGUACCCGCACCACCAUUGUUGAAAAAAGCAUUUUCCUCAAAUCAAGUGCCAGUUAAAAAACAGCAAAAGCCAGAAGAAAAGAUAGAUGUACCCAAAGUUAAUAAGCCUGUUGUGCAAAAGAAACCAGAACUUAAAGUAAACGAAAAACCUAAACAAGCUCCUCAACAAACCCCACCACCUGUUGCUAAGCAACCAGAGAAAGUACAAAAAGAACCGCAAGUUAAACAAAAUGCAGUACCCAAAGAGAAACCAAAGGUUGCGUCUAAGGAGGCUGAAAUUAAGCAAAAUGAAAUCCCAAAAGCGUCACACGUAAAAGCAAAAACAAUCGAGAAAGAAGCACAAAAACAAAAAGAACCAGUAGCUAAAGCACAACCUGCAUCAAAAGAACCAGAAACCAAAUCAAAAGUUGUGCCAAAUUCACAAGAAAAACUAAAAGAACCAGAACUCAAGCCUAAAACUGCACCCGAAGUACAACAAAAAAUAAAAGUAGAUGAGAAACCUAAUGCACCAAAAGUAGAUGCGAAACCUAAUGCACCAAAAAUAGAUGCGAAACCUAAUGCACCAAAAGUAGAUGCGAAACCUAAUGCACCAAAAGUAGAUACGAAACCAAGUGCAGCUAAAAAAACAGAUGAACCAUCAAAAAUUAAACCAGUUUCCAAAGAAGCAGAACCAAAAGCAAAACCAAAGGAGGCUGAAGUAAAACCUAAAACACCUAAAGAAUCUAAGGAGUCCAAAAAUACGAAUGUUGAUGGAAGUAAAGAAAAAGUUAAGAAGGCUGAAAAACCAAAUGUUGAAAAUGAGAAGCCGAAGAAACAAAUACCUGUAAAAGAAGUAAUACCAUCAGACACAGCAAAGCCGAGCAAGGAAAAGUUAAAAGUAAUUAAGAAGAGUGGUCCUCAGGAGAUCCCUAACCCUCAUUUG